AAGCACCCAACCCGCCGCCGGAGCAAAACCACCUCCAAAACCCUAGCCCCCCAACUCCUCUCUGAGAAGUAUCUUCGACGUCGUCGGCGGCGGCUGAAGCGGCGGGGCGGAGAUGGGUAAGGCGAAGGGGAAGCAGCGGCAGGACAAGUUCUACCACCUCGCCAAGGAGCAAGGGUACCGGAGUCGUGCGGCCUUCAAGCUGCUCCAGCUCGACGCGCGGUUCCGCUUCCUGCCGACGGCGCGCUCGGUGCUCGACCUCUGCGCCGCGCCGGGAGGGUGGGUCCAGGUGGCCGUCAACCAUGCCCCCGUCGGAGCCUUCGUCGUCGGCGUCGACCUCGUGCCCAUCCGCCCCAUCCGCGGCGCCCACUCGCUCACCGAGGACAUCACCACCACCAAGUGCCGCGCCGCGGUGCGGAGGCUGAUGGACGCCAACGGAGUCUCCGCCUUUGACGUCGUGCUCCACGACGGGUCACCCAACGUCGGUGGUGCCUGGGCGCAGGAGGCUACAUCCCAGUCCGCGCUCGUCAUCGACGCCCUGCACCUCGCUACAAUGUUCCUCGCCCCCAAGGGCGCCUUCAUCACGAAGGUUUUUAGGUCUCAAGAUUACAAUGCUAUUAUGUACUGUCUUAAACAGUUGUUUGAGAAGGUUGAGGCAACUAAACCUACAGCUAGUCGGUCUACAUCGGCUGAAAUUUAUAUCAUCUGCCUGAAAUAUAAGGCUCCUGCAAAGAUUCAACCAGAACUUCUUGAUAUAAAGCACUUGUUCAGUGUGGUUCCAGAACAGAACAAAUCUAGGGAUAUUUGGGACAAAUCACGAAAGAGACACCGUGAUGGGUAUGAAGAAGGGAAUACAACAUUGCGGAAAGUCGGUUUGGCAUCAGACUUUAUAUUGUCUGAUGCCCAGACACCACUGGAGUUUUUGGGCUCCUACAAUGCGAUUUCAUUUGAUAAUCCAGAAUCUCUGCCCAUAAAGAAUCAUGAGCUUACUACCGACGAUAUAAAAAAUUUCUGUGAGGAUUUACUUCUGUUGGAUAAAAAUAGUUUCAAGCAUAUCUUGAAAUGGCGAAUCCGCUUACGGAAAGCACUGUUGUCAUCUUCACAAGUUACCCCAAAGGUUGAGGAUGACGCAGAGACCACAAAGGUCAAAGAUGAUGAUCAACUUCUACAAGAAAUGGAAGAAUUGACCAGUGUCAUUGAUAGAAAGAAAAAGAGAGAGAAAAAGCGCCUGUCAAAGCGUCGAGCAAAGGAUAAAGCACGCAAGGCUACAGGAAUGCAGAUUGACGCUACCGGAGAUGAUUAUGGCGAUCCUGACUUGUUUUCUAUUAGUGUUAUCAAGGGUGGAAAAGAACUUCAAGCUGUUGAAUCUGCAGAGCUUGAUGUGGAAGAUGACAUUGAAGACAGUGAAAAUGAGGAAAUUCAAGGUCGAGAAGUCUCUGAUGAGGAAAUGGAUUCGGAUGAAGAACAACAGAGGUAUGAUGCCCAGCUAGAGGAGAUGCUUGAUGAAGCUUAUGAGCGCUUUGUAACGAAAAAGGGUGGGGCAGUAAAACAAGAACGUAAGCGCGCAAAGCGAAUCAAUCCUGAUGCUGAUGCAGACUUGUUAGAGGGUAGUGAAGAUGAUGGUGAUGAUGUUGAAAUGGAUCAUGGUUUUGACGAAGAUCAAGAUCCGGUGACCAAUCCCCUUCUAUUAUCUCUAGAUGAACACAAGCCAACUAAAGAGCAGAUUGUACAGCAGUGGUACAGCCAGGAUGUGUUCACAGAAGCAGGAACAGGCGUUACUGAGCAGAGUGACAGUGAAGAUGAAAGGGAGAAUUUGCAGAGGAAUAUGAAAAAGAAGAUGGACACUGGCAAAAAGGAAAAGGCGGCCAAGACACAGCGUUUGCAACAAGGUGAUUUUGAGAUUGUACCAGCGGAACCAGUCCGAAAUGAAGAGGAUUCAUCUUCAUCUUCUGAUGAAUCAGAUGAAUCGGAGGAUGAUCUCGACGAUUACAAAAAGGCUGAAGUACUAGCCUAUGCGAAGAAGAUGUUGAGGAAGAAGCAAAGAGAGCAGAUACUUGAUGAUGCUUACAACAAGUACAUGUUUGAUGAUGAAGGGUUGCCCAAUUGGUUCGUUGAGGAUGAGAAGAGGCAUACGCAGCCCAUGAAGCCUGUCACACGUGAAGAAGUAGCUGCCAUGAGGGCUCAGUUCAAGGAGAUUGAUGCCCGUCCAUCCAAGAAGGUUGCAGAGGCUAAGGCACGGAAGAAGCGUGUUGCCAUGAAGAAACUGGACAAGGCACGCCAAAAGGCAGAUGCCGUCGCAGACCAGAAUGACAUAAACGAGCGGUCAAAGAGGAAGAUGAUCGACCAGAUUUACAGAAAGGCAAUACCCAAGAAGCCUCAGAAGGAGUACGUUGUUGCAAAGAAGGGAGUUCAGGUGAGGGCUGGCAAAGGAAAGGUAUUGGUGGAUCCACGGAUGAAGAAGGACAAGCGGGCCAGUGGGAUUGGGAAGAAAGGGAAGGGCGGCAAGGGUGCUAAGGGGAAGGGUGGCCAGAAAGGCAUGAGAGGGAAAGCUGGGAAGAAGGCCGGGAAAGCCCAGAGGUAAAAAGCUGAGGAGCCAAGCAUGGCUGGGUCGCGCCCUCCUAGCUGCUGAAUUUUGUCUCGGUCCAACUACAACUACUCAGUAGGCGCAGCUGAAUUGAAGUUGUGUGAUGAUAAAAUUUAUGUGUUUAAAGUUUUGUAGCAUGACUUAAUCAGUAUCAGAACUGGUGACAGUGUCAUAAUGGCAUAACCUACACAUUUCACAUCAGUUAUUGAAACUUUCCCCCCUUUGGGGGACAUACAAAUA